UGUUGUUUGUUUAGUUUUACUGUUUGUAAGUAAAAAUAGUGAAAUGGCAGAAGCCAGUAUUUCAGUGGUUCAGGAUCAGUUCAGCUGUUCAAUCUGUCUGGAUCUACUGAAGGAUCCAGUGACCAUUCCCUGUGGACACAGUUACUGUAUGAGCUGUAUUACAGACUGCUGGGAUCAAGAUGAUCAGAAGAGAGACUACAGCUGCCCUCAAUGCAGACAGACCUUCACUACAAGACCUGUUUUAUAUAAAAAUGUGGUGUUUGCUCAGAUGGUGGAGAUGCUGAAGAAGACAAAACUCCAAACUGAUCAACCUUCUCUCAGUUAUGCUGAAGCUGGAGAUGUGAAGUGUGACGUCUGUACUGAGAGAAAACACAAAGCUGUCAAGUCCUGUCUGGUGUGUCUGAACUCUUACUGUCAAAAUCAUCUUGAACAACAUGAGAAUUUAUUCAAAGGCAAGAGACACAACCUGAUAGACGCCACUGGACGACUUCAGCAGAUGAUCUGCCCACAACAUGAGAAACUUUUAGAGAUUUACUGUAAAACUGAUCAGCUCUGUAUAUGUUAUCUGUGUAUGGUGGAUGAACACAAUGAACAUAAGACUGUAUCAGCUGCAGCAGAGAGGACUGAAAAACAGAAAGAACUGAAGGAGACGCAGAUAAAAUAUCAGCAGAGAAUCCAGGAGAGUCAGAAGAAGCUUCAGGAGCUGAGAGAUGUUGUGAAGACUCAUAAGCGCUCUGCACAGACAGCAGUGGACGACACUGAGAGGAUCUUUACUCAACUGAUCCGAUCCAUUAAGAGAAGACGAUCUGAGGUGACACAGCUGAUCAGAGAUCAGGAAAAGACUGCAGUAAGUGAAGCUGAAGGACUCUUGAAGCGACUGGAGCAGGAGAUUGAUGAUCUGAGGAGGAGAGACGCUGAGCUGGAGCAGCUUUCACACACAGAUGAUCACAUCCAUUUCCUCCAGAGUUUUCAGUCUCUCUCUGUUCCUCCUGGAUCUUCAGACUCACUCAGCAUCACUGUCAGCUCUCUCAUCUCUUUUGAUGAUGUAGGAAAAUUUGUGUCUUAUCUGAGAGAGAAACUGAAGGAUUUCUGUAGAGAAGAGAUAGAGAAGAAAUAUGAUAAAAAAUAUCACUCACUGAUUCUGAAUGAAUAUUUUUUCAACAUAGUUACUCCUGAACCUGAGACCAGGGAGCAGUUCCUAAAAUAUUAUCAUCACUUCACUGCAGAUCCAAACACAGCACAUAAACGUCUCCGUCUGUCUGAGGGGAACAGAGUGAUUAUUUACACUUACACAGACCAGCCGUAUCGUCAUCAUCCAGACAGAUUUGAUGGUUAUCCUCAGGUGUUGUGUAGUGAGAGUUUGAGUGGACGCUGUUACUGGGAGGUUGAGUGGAGUGGUGAUGUGUUUAUAUCAGUGUCAUAUAAGAGCAUCAGCAGGAAGGGAGAGGGUAAUGAGUGUUUGUUUGGAUAUAAUGAUCAGUCCUGGAGUUUGCGCUGCUCUGACUCCAGUUGUUUAUUUAAGCACAAUAACAUUGUAACUAAACUCCCUGUAGUGUCCAGAUCUUCUAGAAUAGGAGUUUAUGUGGAUCACAGUUCAGGAUCUCUGUCCUUCUACAGCGUCUCUGACACAAUGACCCUCAUCCACAGAAUCAACACCACAUUCACUAAACCUCUCUAUCCUGGGUUUUGGGUUUUUCUUGGAUCAGUGAAUCUGUGUGAUCUAACAAUAUAGAUGAGACAGAGAGUUUACAAAUAAUUUUGUUAUAUUAGAAGUCUGAACAUGAUGAAUCAACCACAAAGAAAUAAUAAGUCUUGAUUUACUAAUCAGCAAUUUUAAAUAACUGAUUGUAAUGUUAUAUUUUAAUAAUUGUAUUUUGUACAGUAGUUAUUCACAGUUAAUGU